UUCAGGGGGCAAAAGAAGAAAAAGAACAAAUAACGAAAACCAUCAGUUUUCAACGAUCUAUAAGUGGCGGCUCGAGUUCCUUGGCACAGCAUUUCGUGAAAAGACGCCAUCGCAUUCCUUUUCGCUCUUCUCCGCAACCUUCUCAGAUUGCUAAUUGGAUCUUCAUGAGUUCAACAACUACUGGACCUUACUUCGUUUCCUGUGCAUCGGGAAACAAGAACAGCCUCUUCUACUGGAUUUUGCUUUCCUUACUGCCAAAGUAUUUGGGAACUCCAUUUGCACGCUUCAACUUUCUUCUCAUUCAGGCAAUUGACAGGAGUCCAUCAGCAGUUGGGGGAAUUUAGUGGCGAUUAAUUUACGCUGUUAAUUAGCUUGGCCGUCAGCAUAUUUGGAUCCCUGUGUUAAUUGGCAAAAUGGUUUCCUCUCAGUUUUCUAAUUUGUCUAAGACCAGUGUUUGCAAACCAUUCCAGAACCAAAUACUCUUUCCUGCAAGCCUCACUGACAGUGCAAUUACAGAUCAAGUUGAGCUUGAUUUCUCUGAUGUCUUUGGUCCAGUUACAGUGCCUUCUAUAGAAGUGAAUGAUGCUGAUUCUGCUAUUGUUGAGCAUGUGGAAGAAUCAAGUGAACUCGUUUACGAUGAUCCAGCUGUAAUUUAUACCCGCUCACAUUCAUUGGUUGGUCCUUCUACUUGUGUUAGCCUAUCACUUAAGCUUGGCAAACUCACUUUACAUGAAACUGAGGAUUCAUUAAAAGCAGUGGAGCAUGUUGCUGGAGAGACCAUUGUAGAAGUUGAUGAAUCUAAUGGCAACAACGUCAUCGUUGAGGAGUCUCUUGAAGGUGAUAAUGAACAUCCCAUGAAGAUCCAGAGAGUGAGCUUUGAAGAUUUUGAGAUUUUGAAGGUUGUGGGACAGGGAGCAUUUGCAAAAGUGUAUCAAGUGAGGAAAAAGGUUACUUGUGAAAUAUUUGCAAUGAAGGUAAUGAGAAAGGAUAAAAUUAUGGAAAAUAACCAUGCUGAAUACAUGAAAGCUGAGAGGGAUAUUUUAACCAAAAUAGAGCACCCCUUUAUUGUUCAACUCAGAUACUCUUUUCAGACAAAAUACAGAUUGUAUCUUGUGCUGGAUUUUGUGAACGGUGGUCAUCUCUUCUUUCAGCUUUAUCAUCAAGGCCUUUUCAGAGAGGAUCUAGCACGCAUAUAUGCUGCUGAGAUUGUUUCUGCAGUUUCCCAUCUCCAUGCAAACGGAAUAAUGCACAGGGAUCUAAAACCUGAAAAUAUCCUGCUGGAUGCUGAUGGUCAUGUUAUGCUGACUGAUUUUGGCCUGGCCAAGCAAUUUGAAAGUAAUACAAGAUCUAAUUCCUUGUGUGGAACAAUAGAGUACAUGGCACCUGAAAUUAUUCUUGGCAAGGGCCAUGAUAAGGCUGCUGAUUGGUGGAGUGUUGGAAUCCUACUUUAUGAAAUGCUUACUGGAAAGCCUCCCUUCUGUGGUGGAAACCGUGAGAAAAUUCAGCAGAAAAUAAUUAAAGACAAGAUCAAGCUGCCAGCGUUUUUGUCCAGUGAAGCACAUUCACUGUUGAAAAUGCUGCUGCAGAAGGAUGCGACAAAGCGUUUAGGCAGUGGAACAAGGGGUAGCUUGGAAAUUAAAGAUCACAAGUGGUUCAAACCAAUCAAUUGGAGGAAGUUGGAUUCACGUGAGAUCCAGCCAAGCUUUCGCCCUGAAGUUGCUGGAAAGCAUUGUGUUGCCAACUUUGAGAAGCGCUGGACUGACAUGCCCAUCAUCGACUCGCCGGCUGCCAGUCCAAAUGGUGGCAAUCCUUUCAAAGACUUUAGUUAUGUGAGACCUGCAGCUUCUUUCCUCCAAAGGAAUGGCCCUGCUUGCUAAGCUUUAAUUGGCGGCACAGGAUGCACGACUUUUCUGCAAUACUCAGUUUUAUUUAUUUAGCUGCAUGAAAACAGUUGUAUUAUGGUACCGCUACGAACAUUUUCUUCAUUUCUUGUUCCCUUGUGUGUUGUGUGAGAUCUGCAGCUCGUCAAUUUAUUACAUUGAGCGGCUUGCUAGUAAUUUAUUGUGGUAUGGAUAAAUACUAUAAUCUUCGGCA